UUUACUUUGCUCACAGUCUCUCUCUCUCUCUCUCUCUCUCUCUCUCUCUCUCUCUCUCUCUCUGUCUCUCUCUUCUCUGUGCGAUCCAGUUGAAUGGGUGAAAAGCAAAGGAGAGAGAGAGAGAGGGAGAGAGAGAGGGAGCUUGUAUGAGGCAGUAGUCAAUCACUCAGCAUAGGCAGCUGGAGAGAGAGAGGGAGAGAGAGAAAGAGAGAGAGAGUGAGAGAGAGUGAGUGUGUGUGUGUGUAAGAGAUUGGAGAAGCAGCCAGUCGUUCGUCCCUCACUCCACGCUCUAAGUUUAUAGGCAGCCAGGCAGAUUUUCUUGGCUUAGAUGCGGCGCUCAUGACAGGAUUAGGAGCCAGGGACGCAGGACCAACCGGAGAUCUGCAGGUCCUAGUGGAUGAGCCCGAGCCAGAUUCUCUCCCUGCACAGCUGUGACCGGCCUCCUGUGUCCUGUCACACCAAUCAUCCAACGACAGUCUUCCAAGGUUGACCUGGUUACCAAGAGGCCUCUAUUCCUAUCCCAUCAUGCGUCUCCUCACCACCCUCUUCCUCCUGCUGCUGCUCCUGCGGACAGCUGAGCCCCGGAGAGGCCCUCGGUCAGGGGCUGUGGAGAGGGGUGCUAGAGGCCGUGUACGGGGCAGAGGCAGGGCUGGAGUGAUGAGACGUCAAACUCAGGAGUGUAAGGAAUACAUGGAGGCAGGAGAGAAGUACCUGGACUGCCAGGACAGGCAGCUGACCGCCGUGAUGCAGGACUGGCCCAAAGAUAUUCACCAUCUGCUGUUGGCAAGAAAUAAGAUUCAGGUUUUGAGGGACAACAUGUUCUCCCAGUUCACCCAGCUGAAGAGCCUGGACCUCCAGCAGAACGACAUCUCCAUGGUAGAGGAUGGAGCGUUCAGCGGCCUCUCGCAGCUCACCACCCUACUCCUCCAGCACAACGGACUGAAAACAGCUUCCGAGGAGAUCCUGCUCCCUCUGUCCCGCCUUACCUACCUCCGUGUCUAUGACAAUCCCUGGAGCUGCCACUGCUCAUUGGAUAGCCUGGUCAGGGCCCUGCAGGUGCCUAGCAACCGCAACCUGGGCAACUACGCCAAGUGUGCGGAGCCCCAGUCGCUGAGGGGCCAGAAGCUGAAGAAGCUGAAUGUGGACUUGUUGUGUGCGAAUGACAACCAGGUGGACAGGAGGCCGGGGGUCGAAGAGGGAGGGCAACCGAGGCCUCCACCAUUCAAAGUGAAGCCAGAGGCCACGUCCAUGUGCCACACCUACAUGUUCCCCAAACCUCUGCUGGACUGCAGCAACAAAGAUCUGAAUAACAUCCCAUCUGACCUGCCAUCUGACAUAGUGAAGAUGGAUCUGUCCAGUAACAGCAUCAAACAUCUCAGGCCCAAACAGUUCCUGCUGUCCAAAGACCUCAAGCUGCUCAACCUCAGCAGCAACAGCCUGCACCAUAUAGACACAGCUGCAUUUGCAGGCCUGCUGUACCUCCGUGAGCUCGACCUGUCCAACAACAGCCUCCAUUACUUCCAGUACGGUGUGCUGGAGGACCUCUACUUCCUACGGAAGCUUUCGCUAGAGAACAACCCCUGGAUCUGCGACUACAACAUCCACUACCUGAUCUACUGGCUCAAGCACCACCCUGGCGUCUUCUACACUGGCCUGAUCUGCUCCGAGCCGCAGGAGUUCAAGGGCUGGCGCGUCGAGGAUUACGUCAAGACCUACAACGGGGAAUGUCCCAUGGAUAAACAAACUGGAGGGAUGGAUACGGGACAGGGAGGACAAGGGGGGACGGACAAUGAUGCACAGGAGGUGGUGGGGGAGACGAGCGAGAGGCAGAGUGAGCGUCUGCCUCGGCCUCUGAAAGAGAAGAAGCCCAACAGGUUUGAGAUCAUCAGGCUGAGUUAGAAUGGAGGUGGAUCAGCGGACUGGUGUGGUUUAGUUUGGAGUGAGUGAGUCUGUGGACAGGCUAAAGAAUGGAUUAAUAAAGGUAGACUCAAUGAUUUGAUUUGACAUGUAAAAGUACAAUUCUGGAAUAAAAUCCAUUAUUUGUGCUUAAUAUGUCUUUUAGUAAUUAACAUUUAUAAUUAGACAUUCAGAUUUUCUUAAAAGGUUAAUUGCAAUGUCAUUGCUAAGUUUACCUUUAAACAAAGAUUUAGGAGAUGCAAUCUGAGUUUUUUUUCUCCAUCUUUUUAGCAGAACAUUCCCAGACCAGUCUGUAUCAGAUAUAAUAACCCCAAAAACGUCUCUUAGAAUUUUCCACAUCAUAAACUGCAGGUGCUCUCUUAUUUCUGUUGAGUAAUUUUGAUACUGAGUUCAGGAUAUACUUUUUUUUUUUAAGUAGUCUUUUUUGUACUAAUUAAUGUCUGACAAUGUCUACCUGUUUUCUGGAAAUAAAAUUGGGUUUAUUUUUUCUGAAAA